AUGCCAAAGCCCAUCCCCAUCGUGGACUCACACAUCCACCUAUUCCCCGAAUCCCACUUACCGACCUUGGCCUGGCAUGGGCCACAGAACCCACUGGGCGCUCAGCACUCGGUCAACGAGUAUCGACAGGCGACUGCCUCUUCGAUCGCGACCAGCCCGAGCGCCGCCCGCGGCGCAGCGCCCUAUCUCCGGGGCUUCAUCUUCCUAGAAACCGACCGCAUCUCCUCGGUGGACGAGCACUCGGAGAAACGCGGCUGGUCCCACGCGCUGGACGAGGUCUCCCUCCUGACGCGGAUCAUCGCGGGCGACCCCGUGCCCGGGGAGGGUCAUACGGCGGCGGAUCGCCACCUGUGUCUUGGGAUGGUGCCGUGGGCGCCGGUGCCCGGGGGUCCGGGGGUGUUGGAGAGGUAUAUGGGGCUGGUGCGGGAGCGGACUGGGGAUGCUCUGUUUCACAAAGUCUGCGGGGUACGGUAUCUGGUCCAGGAUAAGCCGGCCGGGGUGAUGGUGCAGGCUGGGUUCGUGGAGGGGUUGCGAUGGCUGGGGCGACAGGGGCUGGCGUUCGAUCUUGGGGUCGAUGCGAGGCAGGGCGGGAUGUGGCAGUUGAGGGAGGCGGCGGAGAUGUUGAGGUUGGUGUUUCAGGAUGGGUCGCGCGUGAAGGUCGUUAUUAAUCAUCUCUGUAAGCCGAAUCUUCGCCUGCCGUAUCGUGGCCCGGCUUCUGUUGCUACUCAUCCGGAUUUCUUGGAGUGGUCGGCCUUGAUCAUGGCCAUGGCGCAGUAUCCUUCGACGUUUAUGAAGCUCUCCGGAGGGUUUUCGGAGCUGCUGCCGCUGGAGGAAGGGACGGAGCCGAACGUCAAGGCGCUGGUGGACAGGAUUCAGCCGUGGACUGAUGUCGUGUUCGAUGUCUUUGGGCCGCAGAGGGUCAUGUUUGGGUCGGAUUGGCCGGUUUGCAAUGUCGGCGGCGGAGGGAAUGCGGUUUCGUGGGGCCGGUGGAAGAGGGUCGUCGAGGAGAUCUUGGACCGCAGAGGCUUGUCCCAGGCGGAGAGAGAAGGGGUUUGGGGCGGUGUUGCUGUCAAGGCUUACGGCGUGGAGAUUUGA